AUGGUUGGGGCUUGUACAAUUUGCGAACCAUUGUGCCUCAUUGUGGAGUAUGUGCCUCAAGGGGACUUGCAACAUUUCUUGAGAAAACAUCGUGUCGACAUGGCGUUCAAACAUGAGCAUCCUAUACUAACAAUGUCUGCCGAUAUGAAGGACAUUUCAAAUUAUAUAGAUGACCCCAAGCAUGACAUUGCACAAGUAUAUGAUGAAAGAGACGAAUGUGACAUUUUAAACAAUUAUAUUAAUGAAGGUAUUUCUCCACAAUCCAAAUCGGUGGAUAAAAAUCACGAUGAAAUAGGGCUGUUAGACCUUCUCUCUCUUGCACGACAAAUUGCUUUGGGGAUGGAGUAUCUCAGUGGGAAAGGAUUUGUUCAUCGUGAUCUUGCUGCCAGAAAUGUUCUAAUAGACAACAGAAAUGCUAAAAUAAGUGACUUUGGCCUUACCAGAAGUGUAUACGCAGACAAUGUCUAUGCGCCAAAGAAAGGGGGGAAACUUCCAUUGAAAUGGAUGUCAAUUGAAGCCAUAUUUGAUCUGAACUUCACAACAGCAAGUGAUGUGUGGUCAUUUGGCAUUGUUCUCUUCGAGAUAAUUACUAUGGGUGGUACACCUUAUCCUACUAUUGCAAACAAAGACCUCCUGAAGGAAUUACAACAAGGCUUUAGGAUGGAAAAGACAGAAAAUUGUCCAGAUGCUCUGUAUGACAUAAUGACGCAGUGUUGGAAGGAGAAUCCAAAAGACAGACCGACCUUUGCCGAAUUGAAACAAUCUUUGGAGCAGAUGAUGAACUCCAAUGAUGAUUAUUUGGACUUUAGUCUAGAUGAAGACAGGGAUUACUACCAGAUCGUGAAAACUGGAUCAUCAACUGACAGUGAUGGGACCAUGCCUCAAUGGACUGCAAUGGGCCCACCAGUUGGGGAGGAGGAAGGAGUUAUAGUUCAAGGAACUCUUCAAGGGGUUGAAAAUGACAUGUGUGAUGAAACGAUAAAUCCAGUUGGAGCUCUUUCCUUGAUCGAAGAAACGGCACUAAAUGAAUAUGAAACCACGUAAGAAAAACAUUGAUUUGAUGAUAUAAAUAGAACUGAUGGAGUUUUAACGAUACAAAAAAUGGAGAAUGACAAAGAUGGAAGCAUAAAUUCAAACCAUAUCAAAAAUAACAACUUGGAAUUGCAUGUCGUUUUCUAAUACAAGGACAGUGGUUUCCUUGUUUAAACGUCAUAUUAUGCAACAUCGAGAGUCACAUUUAGUGUAGAAUUACAAGGACAUUGAGCCUUGUUCAAGAACAUUGUCUAUAUAGGUUUUGGUGUCCUUGUUGCAAAACCAUCAUUAUUUUGCAUUAAUGAGUAUUAUUCAAGAACGUUGUCU